AAGACUACAGCACCCUUUGGAGGGGAGGGGGCAGUGGGAAAGCAGAAAGCCUGACAGAGAACACUCAGAUGUCAAGUUCAGAUAGAAACACCAGAGGGAAAGAGGGCAGAGAUGGGGGUAGAUCUACUUUCUAUAAGGAUCAUUGAUAAAAACCUGGGCCCCAAAUGCAAAUUUUUGUGCUCCCGAUACCCCCAAAAUGUUGAACACAUCAGGUUCUGAGAAUUGCUCUCUGCUCUCAUUCCUGUACCUUCUCACAUGCUGUGAUCUUUUAGUUCAGGGAUCAGCAAACCACCACCUGUGGACCAAGCCCAUCACGCUGCACAGUUUUUACAAUAAAGUUUUUUGCAACAUCACCCGUCAUCCCCUUACAUGCUGUCCUGGAUUUUUUGUGCUGCAAAGGCCAAGGCCAAACUUGCAUCUUUUUCUGUGCUUAACACCUAAGGUGCGGCUGCAAAUGAAAAAUCACAAACACUGCAUCUGGAUGCAAUCCACUGGAAUCAUGGAUUCCUUUUGGACUACAGAAAUCUCCAGAGGAGUGGUACUGGCAAACCAGCAAUCUGACACCGACCCUCUAUCUCCUCUGCAGAAGAGAAACCCUACAACGACUUCAACUCAAAGAUGGAAGAGAACACUGUGGUCCCCACCAGCACCCCUGCUAGUAAUGAGCAGCUCUACCUGCCCCUCAAAGUGCACGAUGCUGCUCUGUGUGUCCUGGCUGAGCAAGGCAGCCCACCACCUGGGAGAGGAGAAGGGGAAGCACUCCCCUCUGCCCGUUUGUACUUGGUCAUCUUCAAUACUCUCAGCUGAUUCCUUCCUUUUGGAGGUUUUCUUACUUCUUGUCUUUUAUGGAUUCUAAAAAAUCCAACUGUUCUCCUACUUCUCAUCUUUUGUGGAUUCUAAAAAAUUGGAUCAUAGUUUCUUUUCUUCUGGACACCAGGCAGGCUUUAUACAUUUAGUAGAAGCAAACAAUCAAUAUGACAGCUCUGCUGCUGGACCCGUGACCCACACGUGUGGUCUGGACACACGCUUAGCCUCUCACGGCAGCACAGGCAUGCCAAACAUGUCUGGUAUCCCUGAUGGAGGAUCUCUAGAAGCCCACCAAAAAAUGGCACUUCUGGUCACCAAAAGAUCAUCAGACUCUUGCAGGGAUUAUAAACUGUGCCACCCCCUUACUGACCUAUAAUAUGCGGAUUAAUAAAACUAUAGCAAUUGAUGUGGGGGAGAUUAGCUGCAUUCUUGCUUCUGCUUUCUGAUCUAAUGGUGCUCCUGGGUUUCUGGGCCUGUUAAAGGGUUCUUUCGGCUGAAGCCCUCCUAUCAUGGGAGAGGCUGCACGCCUCACUGGGGAUGCAGCUGAUGGCUGGAAAGUAUUCUAGGCUGGGAUGCUAGGGAGGGAGCAGAUGAUGUGAAGCCUGAAGGGGGUUCCCUGGGAGUUUCCCAGUGUCACUGGCAGCCCCCAGUGUGGUCAGGAUGACAGUGGGAGCCCCAGACAGAAGGCAGGAUGCUGGGCAGUCCAUGUUGUCUACCCAGGAUAUAGAGUCAGAGAAUAGACAUGAAGACUGUGGCAACUGUCUGAGGGCUGGACAAAUGGAUGCAGAGGGGUGGGGCAGGCUCCUGACCCAAGGCUUCAAGAAUAAUGUGAUGAGUAUCAUCUGCUAAGUUGACAGCAGCUGCCUCUGGCUGGUGUGAUCUACCCCAAAGGAACAUGAUUCCACCAAAGCAGGGGUGGGGAGAGUUGUGUUGGGAUGGAGUGGGCAGAGCCAAGAAACACAGAAGCAACAUGGUGCCCUAGAAGGGAUGUGGUAUGGAGACUGAGGAGACCUGGGUUCCAGAACUCCUUCUGGCACUGAGUAACUCGCAAUGUGGGCAGAGAACUCAAGCUCUGGAGGGCUCAUUCAUCCCCUCUAAGUUGGAAAUCAUGGCACGUGCCCAAUUUCACACAGGAUGUGUAAAGAUGAGAUUUGACAAAGGUUGAGAAAAUAUUCACAAACUAUAGAACACGACCCAGCCAUGAGGCCUAUUAUUCUUACUCUUUCGAGGAAAACACAUUGCCAAAAAAAAAAAAACCUAUUUAGACUAAAAGCCAAUUUCAGAAAGUAUAGCAAGAGGUAGGAAAACAAAAACCCAUGAAAACUCAAAAUAUAUCCAACCAACCAUUCUGUUCUUCUGGCCAGAAUAUGAAGGUCACUUUUUAAGGAAAACUGAACUACAGAUUUGAUUUUGCUCUAUACUACACACCUUCACUGGGCCUUGAGGUAGCCAUGGUGUAGACUAAACAGAAAGUGUAGACUAAACAACUGACUUGGCCACAGCGCAGCCUUGGGUGAGAGGAGUGGGGGAGGUAACGGGUGGAGUCUGGAGGAGCUUCUGAGGGAGGCCUCCCUGGGCGGAGUCAGCCUGGCAGGCAGGGCACCUGGGACUCCACUGCUGGGUCUGGGCCAAUCCCAGUUUCCCCGUUCCAGUGGGGAGAGGAGACUGACCCCAGGGGGUCCCUGGAAAAAGCCUGGAGAGAGACACAGAGGUGACCUGGGAAAUGUAUUGCCGCACACGGAGGUCCUCUGAGGCUCUCGGGAAGUAUGUGGACAGCAUCCAAACUGGAGGCCAGGCGAGGGUGGGAAAGAGUGGGGAAGAGAGAGGGGGUCAGCACUGUCAGAGAAGGGGGCAGCAGAGGGAGAGGGUGGGGAAAGGCAGGGAUGGAGAGGACUUGAAUGCAGCCAGCCCUGCCAGUGGACGGGAAAGGCCAAACCCUGAGCUCCCACAGACCUCAUGGCAGCUCGGGGAAGACUGCCUGAGACCUGCAGGGGAGGCCGUGGUGGGGCUCAGGCACACUCAGUGUCUUUGGAGCACGCAGCCACACCGAAGUCCUUGUGCUGAUCUGGCCUCUUCUUUUCCCUCUGCAAAAAAGUGAUGACAUCUGAGCAACAAGAAGCAGGGGCUGAUCGUGCCCGUGGAAGAAUGAGGGGAUACUGCAGGGGAAUGAAGAGAAGAAGGCGAUUGAAUCCAGGAGGGGAGACACCUUCCCAUUCCUCCUCCCAGCCUUGGAGCAAGUGUGGGGAGUGGGGCUGUCUACACUCCCUCCCUUUCAGCCUCCCACCCUGAACCUAUUUCUCACUUUGUUUCACAUGAUAGGAACAUGAUGCCAUUUCCUGUUACUCACCAUGUCAGCAAAUGCAGCUACUGCCAAUUCACAAAACUGCUUUCCUCAGGUCAGUGGGCCAAAUGGGCCCCAGCUCCACCAAGGCUUUGCCUUGGCCUGCCACUGCACAGCAACACGGGGCUCCUGAGCUCAGAGGGUCCCAGGGAAACACAGAGUGACAGUGGGUUCAGUUCCUGUCACCUCCCCUCAGUUGAUUUUGUGACCAUGGUCAACAUGUGACCUCAGUUUCUUCAUUUCUUAGAGAGGGUACAGGCCACCUUUCCAGGGCUGUUGUGAGGGCCCAUGAGAUGGCGGUGCUAGUGCAGUGUGUCAUACUCUGAAUCUUAAAGAUAUUCUUUGAGCAUCUGCUGUGUCACAGCCACUGUCCUAGGAGCCAAGGGUAUAAUGGCCAAACAGCCCCAGCCCAGUCUGCAGAGGGCUGCAUCCUAUAAGGGAAAAAGGCAACAAAAAGCCACUGCUGUAUACUAAGGACAGGCGGCAGAGGUGGAGUAAGAAAUAUAGGUUCUGCUAAGAGCUGAAUUACCAUUCGACCCUGCAAUCCCAUUACUGAGUAUAUACUCAAAGCAAAAUAAAUCAUCCUACCAA